AUGUAUUCGCUUACGCCGGUGACGCAGCCAACAGCGGAUACAAAGCAUCCAUUGCUUCUAUUGCAAUCACACCAUGGUGAUCGAUACUUCUUUGGUAUGCUUGCUGAGGGAUCGCAGCGAAGUCUGACUGAGAAUAGAAUAAGAGUUUCGAAAUUACAAAAUAUCUUCCUAGCUGGUCGGUUGGACUGGAGUGCCAUUGGCGGUUUACCGGGAAUGAUCCUUACGUUAGCUGAUCAAGGCAAGGAUAGUUUGACUUUACACUAUGGAAGUGAUAUUUUGGAUUAUAUCGUCUCCACUUGGAGAUAUUUUGUGUUUCGUUUUGGUCUUUCCUUAAGAACUAACGUAAUGAAGGAUCAGCAGGUCUACAAAGACUCCCUUCUCUCCGUGAAGUCAAUCGUCAUCCAAGGAGGAGACUUGGGGGUUAACUCCAAAGAAGGAGGAUUGUUCACGGAGGAGGAAAAAUCCGUUUUGCAAUCCAUUGUGUCUAAUAUGUUUCCUAAACAUGCUCCCACCAGCAGGUAUGACCCUUCUUCAGAUCUGCAUCUCAAUGUUGAGCUACCGAAUGGCUUUGAAAUGCCCCAGACAACUACAAGCUAUGAGAUAUCAUUCAAGCCCGUGAGAGGCAGAUUUAAACCAGAGGAAGCCAUACGUCUAGGUGUGCCCAAGGGCCCAUCAUUUGGAAAGCUAGCAUCUGGUCAGGAGGUCAUUUUACCGAACGGAACUAUCGUCAAACCUGAGGAUGUUCUUGAGAAAGAGCGCCAUUUCCCAAAAGUGCUCGUACUGGCCUUACCUGACGAUUCUUUUGUUCAGAGCUUUCAGGAAAGGUUUAGAAAUUACCCUUGCGAAGACUUAGGGCUUGUUUAUUAUUUCUUGGGCGAAGAUGUAACCAUAAAUGAACAGAUCAUAAGGUUUAUGGAGCUAUUUGGAGAGUCCAUUCAGCAUGUAGUUUCACAUCCAAAAGUUUGCCCAAACAGUAUUGCCUUCAAAGGGGCGGCAAUGACCGUACUGAAGCUGAAGGCCAUGCAAAUGGACUGCUACAACCUUCCAAGGACAGAGACAGUACUGUCAAAAGAAUUUUAUGAAUGUUUCGAUAAGAAAUUGGAGGAAGGAACUACUCUCCAUCAAGUACAGGAAACACCUGUUACCAGCAAAAUUCCAACAAGUCAAGUCCACGUUUUUACACAGAACUCGGAGAUUCAGAUAGAGUCUUUCACCAAAGGGGAUGAAAAAAUGAAAAUCAAACUGGAUCAGACGCCUGUGAAGGCCUGGUCCUGGGAAUAUGCAUUCAAGAAACACGUCAAGCCGCUAAAUCUGUGUCCCGCAUCAGUUGAGCAAGCCAUGCAAGCGAAAGGCGAUUAUAACAACUUCAAUACAGCAGAAAAAAGCCAGAACGUCGAGAUAAUGACAUUGGGAACUGGGAGUGCUUUACCCUCCAAAUACAGAAAUGUUAUUUCGACUUUACUCAAAAUUCCCUACGCAGCAGCUGAGGGCAAAAUGAAAAAUCGUAUGGUGUUGUUAGAUGCUGGCGAAAACACUAUAGGCACUAUGCGCAGGAAUUUCUCCUCGACUGCUCUGCAGACUAUUUUCAAAGAUUUAAGCCUCGUGUAUUUGAGUCACUUGCAUGCAGACCAUCAUUUAGGAAUCAUUAGCAUUUUGAAAGAGUGGUACAAGCAUAAUAAGCAUAAAGAUGAAAGUCUACUGUAUAUCGUCACUCCUUGGCAAUAUAAUAAGUUCGUGAAUGAGUGGCUACUUCUAGAAGAACCUGAUCUUCUAAAAAGGCUAAAGUAUAUUAGCUGUGAGCAUCUAAUCAAUGAUUCCUACUUGAGGCGGGAAACGAGACCAUUGAGUCUAGAUGAAUACCUCGAUGUUUUCAGAUCAAAGAAGCAAAAACGGCGCAAACUUGAGGUGAAUCCAAACUCGUCUCUGAGAGAGUUGCCUGCUAUAAGAUCUAUGCUGCGAGAUCUAAAUAUUGCAAGUUUCCAAACUUGCAGGGCCAAACAUUGUAACUGGGCUUAUUCCUGCAGUAUCACUUUUUUUGUAAAUUCUUUCUCGAGAAGAGUGUUCAAGGUAUCUUAUUCUGGUGACACCAGGCCGAAUAUUGAGAAAUUCUCGAAAGAAAUUGGUUACCGCUCGGAUUUGUUGAUCCAUGAAGCAACCCUAGACAAUGAAUUGGUGGAGGAUGCGAUAAAGAAGAGGCAUUGUACUAUUAAUGAGGCCAUCCAGGUCUCCAAUGAAAUGGAAGCUGAUAAACUAAUCUUAACCCAUUUCUCGCAGAGAUAUCCUAAAGUGCCCCAGAUUGAUAACAAUGUCACCGUGAAGGCGAACGAGUACUGUUUUGCGUUCGACGGGAUGAUAGUUGAUUUCGAGAAGCUUGGGGAGCAGAAGGCCAUAUUCUCAAAAUUGAACAAGGCUUUCCUUGAGGAAAGAAAGGAAGAAGAGCAAGAACAAACUCUUUAG